AUGGAAUUGUCAACUGAACAUCAAUCAAUUGAUCAAUGUAUGUUGAAAUAUGAACUAAUCAAACAAACUUACCUCAUGAUUGUAGAUAUGAUGUGCAGAAGUGAACUUUAUCAAUCUAUCGAACAAAAGAUACUUAUGGGAGGAACAACUGUUCGAAAUUCUGAUACAAUGAAGGCGUGUUUGACUGAAGAACAGUCAGUUUAUACAAAUAUCAAAGUGAUCGAACAUUUAAUUUCAAAACGAUUCUAUUAUCUAAGAGCAUUCAAUAAAGAACUAUAUUCUUUAACAAAUUCAUUUCAGUAUGGAGUUGUGAAGACCGUUAAGUUUUUGAUUGAUCCGGCCAAGGGGGAUCGUAGAUGUGCAUUACCGAGGAAUCCUAUACUAAGACGAAAUAAACGUCCAGUGCUACCAGGUUUUCAAUGAUGGUCUAACUUAGAUCGAUCGAUUCAUGAUCUCAAUCAAUCAAAAGAGAUUCAUUUCGAAUUAUUACUUCUCUCAACUUAACAAAAUCAUUCCAUUUCAUCUCAUCAGAUCAAAUAAUAAGAAAUAUCAAAGCACCGUUUAUUGUAUUAUUCAACCAAGUUGAAAAUGUCUAACCAUAUUAGUCUACCGAUACAUGUACUCAUACAUAUAGAGCAAUAGUAGAAUGAAACCGUUUGAAAUCGCUGUCAUGAAUAAUAUAUACACGUGGAAGUACGAACAUGAAUUCAACUGGAAGAUGUUUCUCAAAUCAGACAACUCAUGAUAAACUGUAGUCAAUGAAAGCAAAGAUUUACAUAUAAUUUAUCAAUGUAUACGAAAAUAGUUAAUCAAUCAGCUGAUCAGAUAUCAAGAAACGAUAAGAAUCAACAUAGAGUAGCAUAAAAGUAAUUUAUUAUUAUUUAUUUGAACACAGAAAUAUUGGUAGAUAAAGGCACCGGAUACAUAUGCGCCACACAAGUCACUUGAUUUGUGUAUGGCCUAUGAUACUGCCCGGUUGCUCAAACCGAAGCAAGUGGUUUCCUUAGGGGACCACACUCGGAGCCUUUGACCUAAAGGUGUGAUCCACAAGGCAGUAGAGCAAUGUUCGGAGAUGCAGUCUCAUGGUAGCCAGUAACCAACAAUUGGUUCAUAUGCCAUUUGUUCCUUCAAAAUCCCGGAACCCAUGUACACCAUUGUUUUGGAAUCGGGGUUUUCCAACUCCCCUAUGUGGAUCUUCCAUAUCCAUAUCGGCCGUGCCAAGGCAUUUGGGAGCCAUAAAGAUCAACAAUACAUUUAAUCACAAAUUAAGUCAUUUAAACAAAGUGAUUCAUUUCUUUUGGGAUAAUUGAAAAACUUCCUUCUACAAAAGGAAGUUGCUAAUAAACUCAUCUAGAACAAUGGCCAUUUCAUAAUUGAAUUGUCUACACAACUAAACACUUCAUCCAUCCUUAGAACAUCGAUUUACACUUCGCAUUCACUAUUUUUUACACCUUAUUUAUUUCACUAUAAAUUGCCCUAAUCCUACGUCAAUAAUAAUUAUUCAUUUAUGUGUACUAAACUGUUAUAUACCAGAAUAGGGAUUGUGGGGAUUAUUAAGUUUUUGAUUGAGAUUAUGAACCGAUUGAUGUUAGACCACCGUUGGAAACCUGGAAGCACUGGACGGCCGACUAGCUUCGUGAGGUAAUUCUCGGAGUUCUAGUGAGAAGCCAUGAUCAGUGGAUCUGAUCCGUGUCAGGUAGAGACAGGUAUCUAACUCAGUACAAUGGAAGAUGGUCGCGCAAUUUCGUGGAUUGGUUGAUGUUAGACACUAACACCAUUGAAUGCCGGCUCAGUGGGUUAAAUGAUAUUAAUAAGUAUCACCGACCUCUCUUAGAUUCAUAGGCUAUACUAUAAUCAUACAUAUUGUGGAUGCUCACUGCUGAGGAUUCCCACAAUAGGACGAAACGGCCGUCCAGUGCUCCUAGUUUCCAACGGCGGUCUAACAUCAAUCGGUUCAUGAUCUCAAUCAUAAAAUGUUAUAUCCCGAUGAGGAUUAUGAAUGGUAACUGUUGCAAUCUAUUUCUGGAUUAAUACUAUACAUAUAUUUUUAUUGUAUAAUUGUUAAAUGACUAAGCUAUUCAUAUUCGUGUUCCUCUUAUCAUAAGCUCUAUUUUGAUCUAUGAAUUGUUAUUACACGACUUACCAUUCUUGAGUUAUACCCAGUCUAGCAAUUACUAUCUCCCACAUUCACAGCCACUUUUGGCUGGAUCUUGUACAAAUGUUGUUUCACAUUUUAUGGUACGAUGUAGUCUGUUUGGUUUGUAUAUAAACCCAGUAUGUUAGAAAUACAUGAUUCAGAUUGCAGAAGUUGAGAUUGGUGUUCUGGACUCUAAAAGGCGCGGUUAAGCAGGAAGAAGGACCGAUAAGGACGCUAGAUUACUCGUACAUGUUUUAUAUGUCAUUUGAUCCAGUCGAUAAAUCACUGUUCUCUAAUUGGCGGUAUGAUUACAUUAUACAUUGAUAGGGACAUAUGGCACAAGUUAUAACAUAAACGUUUUAUUUCUUUUCUAAACUUUUAGUUUAUCAUCAACUUUUAUGGAGACUUCUUGAAGAAAUUAGUAGUCAAUCACCAGUUUCUAAGUGAUGCUACAGAAAUUUGAUAAACGUUCAACAUAAUUGAAUAAUUCAAAAGUAUAAACUUUUGUAAGAAAU